GCACACGCAAUGUAAAAGCAGUCACAGACAGGGGAUUGUAGAGGAGAUUCCCCCAUUUCUCCACAUAUUUAGCUAAUGCAACUAGUUACUUGAUUAUAAUAUUCCGGACUCGUUCGGAAUAUUUUCUCAGAUGUGCUGGAAGACGCCAAAGUUGGAUAUAAGGAUUUACCCAGCAAGAAGUGAAUUUCUCAAUCUGCAAAGACCACCAUGCGCAGGUUGCCCUGCCUUGCCUCCGAGCAAAGAGGAGAAAUCCCACUGUGCUACUGACUGGAAUUUUUCGCGCAGCUGAACGAUGCCAGAGGAACUCGCAAACUGCAGUGUGUGUUGCUGUACCACGACCAAUAAGAUACUCCUGGUGGUCUUCAUGGUAUCACUGAUACUUGCUAUACUCUUCGGAAACCUCUUGACAUUAGCAGUGGUCGUUGGAACGAAACACUUCCACACUCCACAGGGUUAUUUAAAAGCCUCACUGGCCGUGGCAGACCUGGCUGUGGGCAUUUUUGUGGUGCCCGUCUCCGUUUACGCAGAAGUAUCUCUCAUGAUCUACAAUUCAGUGCCAGUGUGGACUACGCGCAAUUCCCAAACCACACUUUUCCACCCGUGCAAUUUCAUCGGACCUGUAUUUGCGGGAUGCACUUUAGUUUCCAUUACAACAAUUUUCCUCCUGACUAUUGAAAGGAGCAUUGCCGUUUUGAGGCCACUGCAUAAGGAAUCAGUCAUAACUAAAAAAAGAACAAGCAUACUAAUAGUCUUUUCUUGGAUAGGCAGUUUUUUCCUGGCAAUAUCUCCACUGGUUUUCAGCGAUGAAAUCGCGCUGGAGUACAAUCCUUGCAGCCGCAUGUGCAAUUACGCGCUUGGAAGCACAGACUUCCCGUCGCAAGCUUGGAACAUUCUCUUACUCUUCCCUGCCUUUGACUUUACACUGCUUGGAGGUACUGUUGUCAUCAAUAUCAUAUCCCUCACCACAAUCCGCCAGCAUUCAAAAAGGAGGAAACAUCUCGCACAGACCGAGAGUCAAAGCUCAGCGAAACCAAGCUUCUCCGACAUCAAGGCUGCCAAGACGAUCGGCACUCUGACGCUGGCUUUCACCGCUUCUUUCACUCCCAUCGCCGUGUUUGUAGUUGGGAAUGUGUUGGGAAACGAAUGGUGCAAUUUUGCGUUUUUUGCCUUUUGGAUUCUGACUUCAAACAGCUGCUGUAAUGUUAUUAUAUAUGGUGUGAGAGACCAGAAGUUUAGAAGUCGCGCGUAUCAGCUGCUCAUAUCCGCUCAGUUGAACACUGCGCCUAAAAAGCCUGAGUAUGAAAACACUGUAAAUGGGGGGAAAGACAAUGAGGAAAUAGACAAGCAAACCUAAUGAAUGAUAUUACUGAGCAGCAGCCCGAUUUAGAUGGUGCUUUUUUUAUUACAUAAGCUGUAGUAGGCUAUCUGGUUUCUAGCUGUACAUUAGAUGGACCAAGCUGGUUAAAAUGGCUUAUAACUGGUUUGUUGCUGGUUCAAGGUCUACCAGAAACACAGCUGUUAGCUUAACCUGCCAGCUUUCUAGUCCCCCUGAAAGAACUGGAGGUCAAGAUACAUUGAGGACAUGAAUCAUUCCUUGUAAUCAAACCUACAAUGUUUUUAUUAUCAGCUUAGAUCUCCAACCAUUAGGCCACAGGGUGCCUAUUGAUGCCAGUGUUAUUUAAUGCCUUCAUACCUGUUAAAUGGCAUGUCAUACUCAGGUCACCUUUUUGAUUGAUUCUAAACUUUGCAUGAGAGAUUUCAUGUCACAAGAUUUCACCAUGUAAUUGAAUAUCCAAAGGAUCAUGAUAUUCCCAAAACAUUUGCUUUGGGGUCUUUUCACAUAUUACAUUGAUGCUUCAGUAGAGUAUUGAUUUGAUUUGGCGUCUUUUUUCAAUGUUGGAGAAUUGAUAUUUUGAGAUAUUGUGUGGCUUUAAAAAAAUGUGUGUAUAUAAAUGUACUUGAUAUGUACUGAUACUUAUGUAAAUUAUCAAUAUAAACACUUGGGAGUUUUAAAGCACACAUUAUUAUAGAGUUAAUUGUUUAUUGGCUUAUGUGAUUUCCAUAAAAAACUAGAAGGUUGUGUCAAGACAAGUGCAUUUGCUUAUUGGUGUAUUCAUAUUAUAUGCAUAAUUUUGGUUAUCAACAUAUACCAAAGACAUGACUGAUGUUCAGUGACUAUGAGUUGAU